AUGGAGGUGCAUCACGAUGCGCAGUUGUUGAGGCAGCCUGGUGAGAAGGAGACAGCCAUUGACCGCACGGUGAGCCAGGCAACGAGCCAGGCGAGCGACCAGCGUAGAACGCUGUGGCAGAAUGUUACGAGAUAUCGCAAGGUGAUGUGGGUUACGUUCGGAUUGACGAGCGCAAUAUUGAUGUAUGGUUACGAUAAUGUCGUGGUCGGGACGGUGUCAGGCAUCCCUGCAUUUCAACGAGACUUUGGCGUACUUCUGGACAACGAAUUCAUCCUCCCUUCCAACUGGCUGGCCCUCUGGAACGUCUCCUCCCCUCUGGGUGCAAUGCUAGGCUCCCUCUUCGGCGGCUGGUUCCAGGACCGCGUUGGCCGCCGCUUCUCUCUCGCACUGUGCUCUUUCGUGUCUGCGCUUGCAGUCGCGGUUAUGUUUGUCUCAUACAUCCCCUCCUCGCCUGACGCCCGCCGCGCGCUCUUCCUGGUAGGCAGGUUCGGCCAGGGAUGCUGCAUCGGCGCUGCCAUGGUAGCCACGCAAACGUACCUUAGCGAAGUCUUGCCACCAGUUCUGAGAGGCAGCGGCAUGGCGUUGUUUCCCAUUUUCACGCUCAUAGGUCAGCUAAUGGGCGCGUUGGUGAUCUACGGGAAUCUGAAGAAGCAGAGGGGCUAUGUUGUGGCAAGUCUCUCAGAUACGAAGGCUGUGGUCGAUAAAAUAGCUGCGGAUAUUGACCAUGAAGAGGCGACUCAGGGGCAGGCUACGUUUAACGAGUUCUUCUCCGCCGCGAACGUGAGGAGGACGAUGAUCGUACUGUGGAUCAACAGCUUACAGGCUGUAUGGGGACUGCCGCUGAUGGCGAAGGCGAGCUACUUUAUGCAGAUCGUGGGCCUGGACGCGAAGCGAAGUACCCUCUUCCUCAUUCUGGGCAUUGUACUUGGGCUCUUAGCCAACGUAGCAAGUAUCUGGGUGCUGGCGAGGGUCGGACGACGCAAGCUCAUCUUAUCGACUUUGAGCGUGGCCGCGGGAUUGUGGUUGAGUGUUGGUAUCGCAAACUGUUUCGAUGGCAUGGGUGUUGUUUGGUGGACUGGUGUAUCCAUGAUGCUCACCAUCAUCAUCUGCGGCGUGGGCGUGUGGCCCGCUUCGUUCGCGGUCGCGGCCGAAACCUCAUCUCUGCAGCUGCGCGCGAAGACCCAGGGCAUGGGAUGGGCCGUCAAUGCGUUCUCAGUUGCCGCGUCCGGCAUCGCCCUGCCGUAUAUCUUCAAUCCUGAUGCGGGCAAUUUGAGGGGCAAAGUUGGGUUCACAUAUGUAGCGACAUGCGUUUUGGGCGUGCUGAUCAGCUGGUUGUUGGUGCCGGAGAUGAAAGGACGCACAGUCGCCGAAAUUGACAGGAUGUUUGAAUUGGGCUUGGGGACACGGGGCUUCAGGUCAUUCCGCGAUGAUAGAGUGUAG